AUGUCCAGAAUUAUAAAAGAAUAUAACCAUAUCAGAAAACUAAAUGCUCUACCAGAUAAUAUGACAACUUUACAUCCAGUUUCAAAUGCAACUUCUGAUUUAUCAAAUUGGCAUUCAAUCAUUUUAGGUCCAAAGGAUUCUCCUUAUCACAACAAAAGUUUCUUGUUAGAGAUUCAUAUACCGACUGAGUAUCCUAGUAUACCACCUGUAAUAAAAUUUAACAAAAAUUCCAUCCCACCACAUUGUAACGUAAAUUUCACAACUGGAGAAAUUUGUUUAAAUAUUUUAAAAAACGAAAAUUGGUCACCCGUUUGGAACUUAUUAUAUUCAGUUCAGGCAAUUAUUCAAUUAUUAGCAUACCCUGAUCCUUCAUCUCCACUAAAUAUUGAUCUAUCAAGAUUAUUAACUUUGAAAGAUUCAAAAGCUUACAAUUCCUUAAUCAAGUAUUAUUUGUAUAACUUUCCUAAACCAGAACUAAUAUGUGAUUGUGAAAUCUAA